CUGCACCCACAGCAGGAUCCCAGCGAUCUCUCGUCGCUGUGCUGUCCCGCUCACGAACGCAUCGUCCAUCUUCUGCUUCAACGCGGCGCCAAUGUCAAUAUGCAGAAUUCCCGCGGGCAGACCCCGCUGCAUCUGGCUGCGCAACAGGGACAUCUGGGGAUCGUCCGGUUGCUCCUGAUGGCGCCGCAGCCGGUCGAUGUCAAUGCGCGGGAUCGCUUCGGGUCGACACCGCUGCAUUUGGCGAGUGAGAAUGGGCAUGUUGAGGUCGUGAGUUUGUUGGUCGCGCAUCAUGCCCGGGUGGACGUACGG